AUGCACAUCAUAUGGAAUGAUACUAGCGACACAAGAGCAUAUGAUGAGGUGUGUUGGGCCAACGUCUUCAACCUCCGGCGGCCCAAACACAGACGACCGCGGGGUGUGACGAAAGCAAGAUGUGACGAGGACAUCCUGGCCGCAGUAGAGCGAGCAAUUCAACUCGGCCUUCGAAUCGCAGUGCGGUCGGGGGGUCAUUCGUUUGAAGCUUGGAGCAUUCAAGACAAUGCCAUCAUGGUGAACCUGUGCGAGUACAAGCAGGUGAAGGUUGAUACUGCCCGUCGAACGGCGAACGCGACAUCCAGCGUCACCAGCAUCGAGCUCAACGAGAUCCUGGCGCAGGAUGGCCUGUUCUUCCCUGGCGGGCAUUGCCCAGACGUUGGACUGGGUGGGUUCUUGUUACAAGGGGGGAUGGGAUGGAAUUGCGGGAAUUGGGGCUGGGCAUGCGAGCUAGUCCAGGGUAUCGACGUGACCACGGCCGAAGGCAAGCCGGUCUAUUGUGACAUUACGCAGAACUCUGAUCUCUUCUGGGCUGCCCGUGGCGCAGGCCCGGCAUUUCCUGGUAUCGUCACUCGAUUUCACUUGCGCGUCAUGCCAUGCCCACAGUCCAUCUACUCAUCCUGCUAUAUAUUCCCACAUGCUUUAUAUGCGACCGCAUUCCGUUGGGCCAUUACGCUUGUGGACGACCUGGAUACCGACACGGAGCUCACAGCAAAGGCCUACCAUCAGGAUUUAGGGCCAUGCUUCUCCAUCAUUAUCACCACAUUCAAGCAUAACUUUCAAGAUGCGAUGCAAGCGCUCCAGCCGGCCCAUGAGUCCAGACCUGCAGGGACCCUAUCGGAAUGGUUCUGUUCUCCCGAGAGUAUGUCCAGUCUGUAUGCGGCGCUCGCGAGCAUAAACCCCGAGGGACAUCGCUACUCCACGGACAACGGCUUUUUUCAUGAUGACCCAAAUAUAGACCUUGUUUCCAAUCUUGAAGAAGCAUUCCUCACCCUGCCACACGAAAGCUCCUAUGCAUUCUGGGCGCCCAUGCGCCCCUGGAGCCGACGGAAUAUCGCAGAAAUGGCAUUGAGCCUACAGGGCGAUCACUACUUUGCCGUCUAUACGAUAUGGGAGGAUGAAAAGGAUGAUCAGCGGUGCCAGGAGUGGUUGCGGCGGACAAUGAAGCGUGCAUUGAAGAGUUCCAUCGGGUCAUAUAUCGGAGAUUCAGAAUUCUCUCACCGUGAUGCACGGUAUUGGAGGGAUCAAAACACAGAGAGGCUUAUGGAGAUUCGGCGAAAAUGGGAUCCCCAGAGCCGGAUUGCAGGGGGAUAUCCAAGCUCACUCGCACUUCCUAAUGGUCGUGCUUCAGUUAUUGAGGAGCCUAGCAGACUGGAUGAUGAGCACAUGUAG